AUGGAUUUAUCGAUUGACAAUGUCCUGAACGACUGGUCUGGGACUGGCAGAGGGUGCCAUGUCGAUUUCGGUGUGGACGAGUCUAUCGGGUUACAAACUGGAGACUUCCUUGGACAAGGUGCCGACGCAAUUGUUCAUGAAACGACCGUUCAAGGACUCAAAGUAGCUAUGAAAAGCUCAUCACGCUAUAAAAGCUCAAAGGAGAGUAUCAGGCUCGAGAUCGAGGUCCUAAAGAAGUUGAGCCAUCGCCAUUUAGUCCGACUCAUAGGCUCAUAUACCCAUAAGAGAUUCGUUGGGCUAUUGUUGUACCCAGUAGCGGUUUGCGACCUCGGUACUUUCUUCGAGGAUGCUGAAGCAUACUUGCAAGAUAACGCGGCUGACGACCAGGAACUGCGGCUUCGGCAGCUCGGAUACUCCUCCUCAAAGUUAUAUCGAAAACACAAAGCGUGGCCUAUCUACUCGCAGAUUGGAUGUCUCAUUUCAGCUGUGGCAUAUCUUCACAGUCAAAGCAUUCGCCAUAAGGAUAUUAAACCCUCAAACAUUCUCCUGUCACGGGGGCGUCUCUGGCUUAGCGACUUCGGGCUAGCUCGGGACUUCUCUGAUGUCUGCGAAAGUGGUUCACAUGGUGGUUCAGGAACACUACGCUACAAAGCUCCAGAAGUAGUAGACCGCGAACGCAGCGGUCGAGCUUCGGACAUGUUUUCACUUGGGUGCGUGCUCCUCGAAACCGUAAUCUUUGACCGAGACGGGACGCUGCAGCGCCUAAGGCCUGAGUCUCCAUCUACACGUUUUGUGUACCACGAGAACCUGGACAAGCUGAACGAGUGGCUGCCAUUGCCUGAAGAUCUUUCUCUCGCCAAGAACCAAAUGUGUCUUGUUUUCAGGAGUUUGCUCUCAAAACUACCAGAAAUGCGACCCGUGGCGGACGAAGUCGCUUCGCAAACCAGCUUUUAUGACAACUUGAUAGAGAACGCUCAAGAUCGGGUAUUCUCCGAUUGCUGUCGUAAAUCGUCCUUUACUAAGCAACAAUUCGAAUGCAGAAGCGAAGUAUCGGAAGUUCGGAUUCUCGAUUCACAUCGGGAGAAGCAGAUCGAACAGCAGAUUCUUGAGACAGAUCGACGGCUUAACGACCUCGAGGCUCAAGACUGGACAAGUUCAAAAGUUCGGAGACCAACAAGACAGUGGAUCUUUGCGCCGCCAUCAACCUCCAGAAAUGCAGAGCCACAGUACAUGAAGCAUCGUCUGCCUACUCCAGUUAAAAUACUUGUAUUAAUCAUCGUCACAUACGUCGUCUUAGUUCUCUUGCCUGUUGCAAUACAUCUCCCAAGAGACACACCUAGGAUCUCAGCGCCGUUAUCCGCUCCGCCAACGCUGCCAAAGAUAGGUGGCUGGUGA